AAGAAUCUAGGGCGGGGAUGGUAAAGAUAGCGCGUUUUUCCUGUCGCAUUGUGUCGCCGCCAAAGCGAUAUACCGCGUAUGGUGUAAUUUUGUAUAUCUUCCGAAAUAGAUAGUAGAUACUAGUUUUAUUUACUUUUAUAUGUAGUUCAAUAUGGCGGAUACAGUAAGCCAUAUGAAACAACUUUUACGUGAAUUAAACGACAAUAUUCCGUCUCCAAUUGACGAAUAUUUUGUUCUGAAGAAUGUAGGAAACUAUCAAAUUUAUCCAGAAGAUCUGACGGGACAAAUAAUCGACUGGGUCGUUAAUUAUUUGGAAAACAAGAAAUGUCCUCAUGCAUUAGCAUUAGUUAUAGCACAAAGAACAUUGGAAAGAAUAGCUGCCUCAUUUUUUAAACAGAUUGAAAUAGAUGAUGAAGAUUCUGAGAAAUUUCCGAAUGCCACUAGUUUAUACAUGGAAGCCAUGAAUCAGCUCCCAUCUGUGUGUUCUACUUUGCUGGAUGAAAGCAAUUUGGAGGAAUCCUUUUCUUCUGUUGGUCCUUCUUUGUACACCGCUUCAGCCUUUGCAACGAGGAAUAAAAGAAGAAAGAUGGAGGACAAACAUGUCAUUUACCCGGAUUUAAAUUCAGUUUUAAAUAUUAAGGAUGCCCCUUUACAUAGUUAUUAUGCUGUGUUUGAUGGACAUUCUGGUAUUGAGGCUGCAAAUUUUGCAUCAGCUCAGCUCCAUGUGAACAUUGCCAAGCAUCCUUGUUUUCUUCUUGAUACGACUACAGCGAUUAGAGAGGCUUACAAAAUUACGGAUGAAAGUUUUUUAAAAAGAUGUGCUAAAGAAAACAUUAAAAGUGGUUGCACAGUCUUAUGUGCCUUGGUCCAGGAAAAUAAAAUAUAUAUUUCAUGGCUUGGAGAUUCGCAAGCUGUUCUUAUUAAACAAGGGAAACCAACAAUUAUCACAAGUUCACACAAACCUGAUCGAGAGGAUGAGCGACGAAGAAUUGAGAAGCUCGGAGGUCAUAUUACAUUUUCAGGUGUACUAAGGGUUAAUGGAGUUUUAGCAGUAACAAGAGCACUAGGGGACCCUGAUCAUAAACCUUAUAUAAGCAAUGAACCAGAAAUUAGCAUUUUGACUCUUGAUGGAUCUGAGGAUUUCUUGGUUCUUGCUUGUGAUGGAUUGUGGGAUGGAAUGUCACCAGAGGAUGUUACUACAUCAUUAUAUCAUUACAUAAUGGAUGCAUCCCCAGCUGAACCAUCAGAUACGGUUGCUGCAAAAUUAGUACAUCGAGCAAAAUUGCAAGGUUCAGAGGAUAACAUAACUGCUGUGGUUGUAUAUUUGAGAGACCUGGAAGCUAUAAAAGAAGAUGCCAAAAAUUUUUACUCAAAUUUACCAAAAGUUGAUUUGUUACAACAGGAAAUGUUUUCGAUGAAUGGCCAAGACUAUGAAAUUACACCUGCUUCUUUUAAUGGUGAUACUUUUGUGAAACCUAAUGUACUGGAACUAAAUGUUACUUCUACUAAAAAGUUGAAAAAUACUGCAAAUGUUCUAAGUUCUACUGGGUUGGGAAAUUCAUGUUAUCAAUAUGUUGAAAAUGAAUCCAGCAUGAUUUUUCAAGCCAUGAGCACAGAUCAUGGUGAUGGAGCUUGUGGAAUUUCUAUACCACAACAAAACUCAGCAUAUUUUGCUCCUGAAACCACCGCUUUAAGUGAACUUCCCACUCCUCCAAUUGAUGAUAUUUUAGCUUCUCAGCAAUUUGAAAGUUUUUCUCACAGCAAACAGCAGGAUAUCAGUUUUUCUAAAGUAGAGCAGUGUGAGUAUUCAUACUUUCAACAAAGUGGCGAUGCCUUAGACAACAGAACAGACGAAAUUCAGUCUGAUCCUGUUGAAAUUCCUUCACAAUUUGCUACUAUUUCAGGCAAUUUUGAUUUGUUAAGUGGGAGUGAAACUGUAAAAAAUAUGAUGCAAAACAGUAGUUCUGUGAUAAGUAGUGUUGAAGCCAUUACUCCAGAAGAAGCUAUUGGAAUUGCUUCAUCUGUAGUUUCCAAUGCAAUAGAAUCUGCUGUACAGCGUCUUUCAUCCCCUGAAAUGUCUCAAGAAAACUCUUUGCAAAGUCCAACGAAACUGAAUCCAUAUGCAGAACCAUUUGUAAUGAAAUCAUUUUGUGUUGAAGAACCUCUGCCCAAUUUAUGCACUCUAAACAAAGAAACUAUUGAUCAAGAAAUGUGUCUUGAUGCAGGUGAUGUGACUAAUUUACAAAGUUUGGACAAUAAUAAUGUUUCAGAUAAAGUAAAGGAUGAGAAUGCAAACUCCACAAACGAUAAUACAACUGUCGAAACUAAGAAAAACAAUAUUGAUAUUGAAAAGGUAGAAACAGUGUGUACUGAAAGCCUUCAAACAAGUGUGAGUUCCUCGAUUGUGGACAGCUUUGCUAAUCUCCAUCUUUCUGAAAAUGAAACUAAAAAAAUAGUUUCAUCUGAAAACUUGUGUAAUGAAAAUGCAAUAUUUGAUAUUCAAGCAAGUACAAUUAAAUUAGAAAAUGAAACAAAUAAAGCUCUUAGUUGCACUGUUAAUGAUACCGCUUUAAAUAUUAAUGAUGAACUAGUUUCACCCGACAACUCAUUGAAUCACUUGAAGGAGAUAAAAGAUAAUAAUGAGGAUCUUAAUAGUGCAAUAUCUGCCAAUAAGAAAGAUUCUUUAGAUUCUGAGCCUAUUCGAAAUUCUGUUGAACAACACGUGUUGUGCUGUGAUGAACUUAAUAAAACUACUUCAGAAGAUUCUCAUCUAAAUACUCUUCAAAUGUCUGACGUUCCACCUGUAAACAAAUGUACUGAUGAAAAAGUGAAUAUUGUAACUCUUUCAGAUUUGCAACAAGAAGUUGAAGUACCAAGUGCACCUCUUCUCUUAGAAAAUAUCAGCCCUGAAUUGGUUGAAAUUAGCUUACAAGGUGAUCAUAAAACAACAGAAGCUGUGUUACCUUCUAGCGAUGAAGUUGAACUACCAGUUGAAACUGUUGCUGUUGAUCUGCAAUCUAUACCUGUGGGAGUGCCAGAAGCAGAAGGUGUUACAGAAGAUAUUGAUUCAGAUUCUGAGAAAGACGGUGGUUGGAGCUACAUGAAAGGUAGCAAUGACACUAAUGUCAAAUCGAAAGAAAAGGAGCAACAAACGCUGAAGAAAGGAACAAAAUCUGAAACAAUUUCCAAAGCAAAAAAAGAAAUUUCAAAACCCGUCGUUGAAUCUAAAACUAAAAAAAGUUCAAUUUUAAAUGAUAAAAAUAAGUUGCAUUUAGCUGGAAGAAAAGUUGAUAUCAAAGAUACUAAGGAAAGAAAUAAAAUGGUUAAACCAGCUACAGUAGCAUCGGUUGCUAAAACAGCCAUUGAAAAAACUCGAAUUGCUACAAAUGCUGCUCGUUCCCAGAAAGAAACAAUUGCUGCAACUUCCAAAAGUUCUGUAGCUGUUACUAAUAAGGUUCCAAAGGUUGCUGCUUCAAGAAGUAUUGGUGCAGUUGCUGCAAAACUUCCUAAUUCUGGAUCUACUGCUAAAAAUGUUCCCUCAAAAGUUAGUAGUUCUACUUUGCGACCAAAGCCUGCUGUUACUAUGCCGGGAGCCAAAACCUCAACUCCAACUAGGUCUUCUACCCUUCCCAAAGGGCAACCUUCAAAUCAAAGUAAUAAGGUGAAUGCCCCACCUGUACGAAAUGUUCCAAGUAGGCCUGCAACAUCAGUUCCUAGUAAAGUUUCUGUUGCAGCCAAACCUAUGCCUUUAACUCGACCAGUUUCUUCUGCAGCAAGCACCAAGCCGUUAUCCACCAUCAGAAAAACUACUCUCUCUACUGUUAAGAGAGCUGAUGUAAAGGAAGCAAAAGAUACUGUUAAUAAACAGAUAUCAGCUGAUAAAAAUAGAGCUUUAGGAUCUCUUAAGACUGAAACAAAUACAAGAGUAGUUUCUUAUAAGAGAACAGAUGUUGCAUCAAAUGUAAAAUCUACCAUUAGUAAAACAGCUUCUGGUCCUUCUUCUAAGAAGGAAAUCCUUAGAAAGGAUAUGCCAAAGAUUCAAUCUUCCAAACCAGUGGCUAAAAGUGCUUUAUCUUCAAAGUUAACGAAAAGUUUAGUACGUGAAAAGCCUGUUCCUAAAGAAGCUCAAAAAGAGGAAAUCAGUGUUCAAGCAGUACAAGGAAUUGCAGCAGAAAUUACCCCUAUAUCUGAUGAAGAAAAAUUCAUUCUUGAAACUAAUGUAAAAGAGACAGUUAAGGAAAGUCAAGAAACAUCUCCUGAAGCUAUUCAAAUAUGUUACGAAAAUGGGAACAUUGAAGACAUAAAAACUGCAGAAAAAUGUUAUUCUGCUGAGGAUUUUAUUUCAGAAAACCCUUAAAAAUACUUGCAUUGUGAAUUGAAUUUUCCUUCUAGUCCUUUUUGAUCUCGUGUUAGUAAUUCAAAUGGCGAAGGAAUUAAAUAUUAAAAUACUAUUUUAAAGCUAUUGCUUUUAAAAUCUUUGAUGUUAUGUUAAAUGUUUUCAUGAUUUUAAUUCCAUAGGUAUUAUUGGUGUAUUUUUAUAGUUGAUUUUUAAAAGUUUUAAUGUUUUUCCCCCCAUGUGUAAUUUUUUUUAAAAGUAAUAUUGAUUCAUCCUAUUAAUUGAAACAAUGUAUAUUAGUUUUAAAAAGUUAUUUUACUCAGUUAUAGAAGAAACUUUUUGCUUUUGUUAGGAUUCAACAACAUCUUCAAAUCAUGAGCUUUUUUUUUUUUUUUUUUUUUCAGUUUAUUGGCAGCUAUAUUAAAACUUAACACUGCAAAUAUUAUGAAAAUUUAAUUAUUGAACAGUUUUUCUGCUGUAUAUAGUUAAGUAUUUUUCUGUAAGGUUACUAUAUUUUACUUGAACUAUCAAAAUAUAAAGAUGAGUUAGAUUAUUAAACAAUGAAAAGUAUCUAUGUUGUUGAAUUAAUCUUUCUAUUUGAAAGCUUUGAAUUCUUGCAUUUCAUCAUGACUCUGUUACAUUUUAAGUUACUCAUGCUCAAUCAAAUCCCUAUUAUUAAAAGUUAAUUAAUUCGUUUUUUAGUUUUUGUGAAAAAGGAUGUGUGUUUAACAGUAAAUUAGAUUUUGCAACACACACACACAUAUAUAUCAAUACACAUUAAUGAAAAUUGGGAAAUCUUUAUGAAGCAUUGUUUGUCUAUUGAUGAACCCAAGGCAUAGAAUUUUUUUUAAAAAAAAUAAUCAUUGCAUUCGAAACUAUGUGAUGCCUUAAUGUGAUAAUAUGGUCUUGUCCAUCAUUUUUCUAUAUCAGUUGAACUGUAAAUAUUAUAAAUUCAAAAUUUUAUGAAGCCAUUUUUUAAAUGUGCUAUAGCAUUCAAAUUUAUAUACUAUGAAUUUUCAGUAUUAACUUCUUCAAAAAUCCAAAUCUGUAAAAAAAAUAUAGAUUCAAUUUUUCUUCAAUACAAAAAAUAUGCAAUGAAUUUUUUAUUGUAAUUUAGGGCUUAAAAGAAGAAAGUGAAAAUAACCAGUGAUUUCUGGCGCCGCUUAUGUAUUCUUUAUUUGUUCUAACUUUUUCUGUGCAAACCUCUCACAAGACUGUUAAUCAUAUUACUUCUAUCUCCGUGUAAUGAAUCAAAAAAUCCUAGUCUGAAUUUUUUAAAAAGAAGUUUUUGAUUAAGAGUUUUGUGACAUUUCUCUACUUUCUCACUGCAGUUAGUUUUUAGCUUUAUUUUAUGUAUGGAUUAGUUUUGUUACUCUCUGCCAUUCAUUAAAUAUCACUAUUUUAAAAUGGAAAUGAUUUGGGGCAAAAAAAAAAAAAAAAAAAAAUGCAGAAUGUAAAAAAACAAACAAAAUGAAAAA